AUGUCUGAUGCAAUGGAAGUUGACGUGCCACCUGGUGAAACAGAAGAACAAAAAGAACAAACAGAACAAGAAACCACAAAGAAAGUAAGCAAAGCUCCUAAAAAGAAGUUUGAAGUUAGAAAAUGGACAGCGGUUGCGUUUUGGUCCUGGGAUAUCGUUGUUGAAACUUGUGCUAUUUGCAGAAAUCAUUUAAUGGAACCAUGUAUUGAAUGUCAACCAAAUUCAAUGAGUGCUACAAGUAACGAAUGUAUUGCUGCUUGGGGUACAUGUAACGUGAGUAUAACAGUCUGA